AUGGGGAAUGCCCAUGGGGGCUUCAACCUGCCUGGACACCCGGGGGGAAACGAUGAUAAAAAAGAUAAAAAAAAAGAAAAGAAACCUUUGGAGGCCGCCCCGCCCUCCCACGUGGGGCGCCGCAAAAAGCCAAAGGGAGCCAUGGGAGCUUCCAAGCUGCCGAACGUGACUCCCGUCACGAAAUGCCGCAUGCGCCUGCUGAAGUUGGAGCGCGUAAAAGACUAUUUGCUGCUGGAAGAAGAAUACAUCAGCAACCAGGAGCAGCACAAGCCGGCGGAAGAAAGAAAUGAAGAGGAAGUGUCGCGGGUGGACGAACUGCGGGGCUCGCCGUUGAGUGUCGGUACACUGGAGGAGCUGAUCGACGAGCAGCACGCGAUCGUCAGCUCUUCGAUCGGCCCAGAAUAUUAUGUCAACAUUUUGUCCUUCGUCGACAAGGACCUCCUCGAGCCCGGCUGCUCCGUGCUGCUCCACAACAAGACGAGCAGCAUUGUGGGCAUUUUGAGCGACGAAGUUGACCCGCUGAUUUCAGUGAUGAAAGUGGAGAAGGCGCCGCUGGAAACCUACGGGGAUAUAGGCGGGCUUGAGAAGCAGAUCCAGGAAGUAAAAGAAGCAGUUGAAUUCCCUCUGACUCACCCAGAAUUCUUCGAAGACAUCGGCAUUGCGCCGCCCAAAGGCGUCAUUCUGUACGGGCCGCCAGGCACUGGAAAGACGCUGCUGGCGAAGGCCGUGGCGAACGAAACGAGCGCCACUUUCCUGCGAGUGGUGGGAAGUGAAUUAAUUCAAAAGUAUUUGGGAGAUGGUCCCAAACUUGUUCGCGAAAUGUUCAAACUGGCGAAAGAAAACGCGCCUUCAAUAGUCUUCAUAGACGAGAUCGACGCCGUGGGCACGAAGAGGUACGACGCGACGAGCGGGGGCGAGAAGGAAAUCCAGCGGACGAUGCUGGAGCUGCUGAACCAGCUGGACGGCUUCGAAGCUCGCGGAGAUGUGAAAGUCAUUUUGGCAACAAAUAGAAUUGAGUCUUUAGACCCUGCGUUGAUUCGGCCGGGGCGAAUCGACCGGAAGAUCCAGCUUCCCAACCCCGACACCAAAACUAAGCGCAAGAUCUUUCAAAUACACACUUCGCGAAUGACGAUGGCGGACGAUGUUGACCUCGAGGAGUUUGUCAUGGCCAAGGAUGAGCUCUCGGGGGCGGACAUUAAGGCGAUCUGCACAGAGGCGGGCAUGUUGGCUCUGCGGGAAAGAAGAAUGAAAAUAACUCAAGACGACUUGAGACAGGCAAAAGAGAAGGCUCUGUACAGAAAGAAGGGAGAUAUUCCGGAGGGUUUGUAUCUUUGA